AUUAUCACCUUUCUACAUUCCAUGCCGUUGAGUGCUAUCGUUCUUAUCUGCAUCGUUACUUAAGCGUUAAAUCUAAUCAGCUAUCGUUUGCUUUAUUUUGGCGUACCGAACUUGAAGUCGUAGCUGUAACCAAAGCGUGGGAAAAAACCCGAAAUCAUUGUACUUUCUGUGCAACGUCGUUUACAGUUCCUUUGUCUUUUGACCAUCUGCAGUCGGAGCGUUGAAUGGCCUUUUACAAGACAAUAGUAAAACACGUGUGCUUGCUCUCUACUCUGUAAUUCCGUAUUUACCUUACUCUUUGUGUCUUAAUAAAGCAGUCCAAUAAUGGAGCUUUAGGUCUUAAACACAGAUCUACGCAGGGCACUAGUUCGUUCGUCCAAUCAUAUUCCGCCGUUCUCACGGACUUCGAUUGGAUACUGUUAGUAAAUGGCUUAUUAAUGUUAACUUAAAAGUUCAUCGGAUUGAUCUGAAGCUGCGACUUUCAUUAACUUCGAAUUAAUUUAAACGGCUUUUAUCUCUGCCAAUCAAGAACUCCAUUAUAUACCUACCUAUACCAUUAUACUUAUUCGAUAAAGUUGAUAUCCUAAAUGAAUUACUUUUAGGUGCUAAUCAUACAUUUUCGUUCGUCCAGUUGUAAUCUUCACGCGCUUGAGAUCAGAUCGUCCAAGCGUAUAAUUUGAACCACUUCAACUCACAAUAGCACGGCUUGACGAACUGUUGGAAACUUUUAAUACCCUUUUUUUCCCACGGUCUACAACAGUAAAUAAUCGAAGCAGAUCUGUAAAGGCGCGCUUCGAGAAGGGUUGCAGUUUGUCUGAGCGUUCAUUCCAAUUUCGUAGCUUUUCACAUUCAGUUGAUUAAGAAUUCCUAAACUUGUGUUUUCGGAGGAAAAAUGGUCCAAGAUUCUGUCGCUGGGUCGAAGAUGAGCGAAAGCGAAACCGAAGGAAGAAAGUGGUCUAAGCCAAUUAUGGAGAAGAGACGUCGCGAACGCAUCAAUAAAAGCUUGGACGAGUUGAAAAAACUCGUUUUAGAGGCACAAAACAGAGAUAGUUCCCGAUACACUAAACUAGAGAAAGCUGACAUACUGGAAGUGACUGUGAAACAUCUGCGGGGACUGCGCAACCGACGGAAAAGUGUACCCGCUACAACCACUGUGGUAAGCCAGAACCUUAUCCCAACAGGCGUGAAUGUCGGUUGUUGCAGAUGUGCUCCAGAAGUAGGACAUUGCAUCUUCCCCGACCACGUUGUCAUGGAAACAAGCGAAAGAAUAAGAACUCAAACUAUGUCCCACUUGGUCGGAAUCUCAACCAAUACACAGAACAGAAUGUACAUAGAUAAUAGUGCACGUGGGCCGAGUAUUAUGGCACGUGAUCGUAACUUUACGCCAGGUAUUCCUUCUCCGAUGUCUCAAGGCGUGGUUGUUCAGUCGCGGUCGUGUCAACCUCUACACGUUAAUACCGCUGUCCAAUUCAUACCAAUUUGUUCAAGUCACCUUUCGAACACCAAUGCAUUUCCUGGAACACUUAGUCAGUCCAAUGAAUCUUACUGCUUCUCAAAUGGAGACCAGUUUUGGAGACCAUUUUAAUAAAGAGAACUUUCAAAAAAAUAUGCGUUAUCUAUAUGUCGUUAACGAAAUUUAUGAAAAUUAAAUGUAUUUUAAGAUAUAUAUAGCCCGUUUCCUCAAGGUUGCGUGCGCACCAACUCGACGGGCCACAAAACUGAAAAACGCAAAUUCAGUCAAAUUGAGAAGAAAGUUUUAUAUUUAAAGAGGAGAAUAAUCGAUUUUAUGAAUUCUUAUCGGAAAAAAAAUCAUAGCAAUGCAUGAUAAUACUCGUGUUCUGGUGUCGUGGCCCUCRAGUUUCUUAAAUUUGGAUGCGGACGCAACCUUGAGAAAACGGUUUAUUGUGAUAACCCUAGGCCUGAUUAUGUCUGCUGUAAAUAAUAAAGAACUUUAAUUAUA